UGAUAAACAGUCAAAUCUACGAAGCAUUUCCUAUUUUACGUUGUUUCGGUUUGCAUCAAAGUGGGACAAAAUAUUAAUUGGAGUGGCGUUAUCUGCGACAUUCAUUUCGGGCAUUAUACUGCCGUAUGCCAUUACAUUGGUUGCGAACGUUUUUCAAAAUAUGAUAAAUUAUGCUAAGACAGAUAAGAACAACUUAGCGAAUGACGAUUUUCUGCAUGAGAUGCACAAAUUCUCACUCAAGUACUCGAGUGUAGGCGCCAUACUGUUGAUGGGUGGAUAUCUUGGCACUGCAUUGAUGAAUAUCGCAGCUAUAAAUCAGGUAUUAAAAAUUAGACAAGAGUACAUAAAAGCUGCUUUAAACCAGGACUUCGCUUAUUAUGACCUACAUCAAACGGGAGACUUCGCGUCAAAGAUGGCAGAUGACGUAAUAAAGCUGGAGCAAGGAAUAGGGGAUAAGUUGUCGUCAUUUGUAUACAAUGCUUCGGUGGCGCUGGGUUGUAUCACCAUGUCCAUGAUGAAAGGGUGGAAAUUGGCCUUGUUAUGUCUCACGCCUGCACCUCUCACGUUCUUACUGGUGGGAUUGACAGGCCGGAUAGCUAAUAAUUUGUAUAAAAAACAAUCUCUCGCAAAAAGUGAAGCUAGUGCCGUGGCCGAAGAAGCUAUCAGCUCAAUUAGAACUGUAUACGCGUUUAACGGACAGCAAAGAGAAAUAGAAAGAUAUAGAAAGCAUCUUGUUAAAGCCCGGAACAUACAUAUUCAGAAGGAGUGUUUCACUGGCUUAUCAAUGGGGUUUUUAUUUUUUUGCAUAUUUAGCUCGUAUGCAUUAUCGUUUUACUUCGGAAUAUACCUUGUUAUAAAAGAACCAGAUAAUUACAAUGCUGAUGUCAUGUUUUCCGUAUUUUUCGGAGUGAUGACAGCUUUAGGUAAUUUGGGAAUGGUGGGUUCCCUUAUGAACUCAUUUGGCUCGGCGAGGGGCGCUGGUGCUCAAAUAUUCCAAACGAUCGAUACACAACCGAUAAUCAAUCCUUUACUGGAUCGAGGAAUUAAGCCGAAAACUUUUGAAGCUCAUGUGGAAUUGCGAAACGUCGUGUUCCAUUAUCCAUCGAGACCUGAAGUUCCUGUAUUAAAAGGUGUGAGUCUUACAGUACAGCGAGGCCAGUCGGCUGCGUUAGUGGGUCAUUCUGGUUGUGGAAAAUCUACAAUCAUUCAGCUCAUAUCAAGAUAUUAUGAUGCAAUCGAAGGAUCUGUGCUUUUGGAUGGACACAAUGUACAGGAUUUAUCUGUGCGGUGGUUGCGAGCCCAGAUUGGCUUGGUGUGGCAGGAGCCAGUGCUCUUUAGUGCUACUAUCCGUACUAACAUACGUUAUGGCCGCGAAGAAGCUACUGAUGAAGAUAUUGAAAAUGCCGCUAAACAGGCUUACGCACAUGAAUUUAUCACGAAAUUACCCUACGGCUAUGACACAUAUGUCGGCGAGCGCGGCGCGUCGCUGUCCGGCGGGCAGAAGCAGCGCAUCGCGAUCGCGCGCGCGCUCGUGCGCAACCCGCACAUUCUGCUGCUGGACGAAGCGACCAGCGCACUCGACACCUCCUCCGAGGCCAAAGUGCAACGAGCCCUCGAUAAGGCCACCGAAGGUCGUACGACCUUGAUAAUAGCCCAUCGUUUGUCGACAAUACGCAAUGUGGAUAUCAUAUACGUCAUGCAUGAAGGCGUAGUUGUCGAAUCUGGAAAUCAUGCACAGCUUCUGAAUAUGCAGGGUUACUAUUAUAAAAUGUAUCAACCUGGUAUUCAAAAUAAAGAUAGCUUUGGAGUUAUCAGUAAUGAUAAUUUUAUAAGUCGGCAAUUAUCACAAAUGUCUGAAUACGAUGGUGAUAAGUUCGAUUCAAUUCUCAUUGAAAAAGAAGAGGAACACGAAGCGCCACCCCUCUCUUUCUGGCGUGUGGUAACUCUUAACGCGCCAGAGUGGAAGUUGGUUACACUGGGAUGUUUAUGCUCCAUUGUCAGUGGUUUCUCUAUACCCUUAUUCAUCGUUCUUUUUGGUGAUCUGUUUGGUGCUAUGUCGAAUACUAAUCCAAAGGAACUCAUGUAUAAAGUUGAAAAAGUAUCAGUUUCCUGUAUAUUGAUUGGAUGUGCCAUUGGUAUCGCUAAUUUCAUUGAGACUAUUUCAUUCGGUGCUGCUGGAGCAUAUCUAACUGAGAGACUGCGAUUAAAAAUGUUCACACAUUUAUUACAUCAGCACGUGGGUUACUUCGAUGAUCGUGCGCAUUCUACUGGUGGUUUAUGUGCGCGACUUUCUUCGGAAGCUGCGUAUGUUCAGGGGGCGACCGGCCAGCAAGUUGGAAUAAUAUUGCAAGGUAUAGGGUCUAUAGGCCUGGCAUUUUUUCUGGCGAUGUGGUUUGAAUGGCGCGUGGGCAUAGUUGUGCUGUGCUUCACGCCAAUCAUUAUAUUUGUCAUCUGGCAGCAGAGCAAGGCGACGGAUGAGGAAUCUACUGGUUAUGCAACGGCACUGGAAAGUAGUACAAAGGUGGCAGUUGAAGCGGUAGCUAAUAUACGCACGGUGGCCGCGCUAGGCCAAGAGGCGAGUAUCGUCGCGCAGUACAGUGCGUUGCUCGAACCCGCAGUACGCACUGCGACGUGCGCGGCGCACUGGCGCGGACUCGUCACCGGCCUCUCGCGGUCAAUGUUCAACUUUGUGAACGCCGCUGCGCUCACUUACGGAGGACAUCUCAUUGUAUCUGACGGCAUCGCGUACGAAGAUGUUCUCAUUACAACCCAGUCGUUGCAAAUGGCGUCUAAUCAGGCACAGAAUGCUUUUACUUAUGCACCUGAUUUCCAAAGGGGUGUGAGGGCUGCUUCUAGAAUUAUAGACUUGCUCAACACAAAACCUAAGAUCUUGGAUCCAAACACAGCAAUUGAUCAUUUUGAAGCCCUUGGGGAAGUAACGUUUAAAAAUGUGGAUUUUAAAUAUCCGACCCGACCAACUGUAAAUGUACUGCAAGGACUUGAUUUUCAGAUAGAAUGUGGUAAGACUAUAGCGAUAGUUGGAAAAAGUGGAUGUGGAAAAAGUACUAUCAUACAAUUGUUGAUGAGAUAUUAUGAUCCUGAUCAAGGAUGCAUUAUGUUAGAUGGAACACCGCUAACACAGUUGCGUAUGGACCAAAUAAGGGCUUGCAUGGGAAUCGUGUCUCAAGAACCGACGCUAUUUGACCGCUCUAUCAGGGACAAUAUAGCGUAUGGUGCAAUCUCCAUCGACGUCAGCCAGCAUGAUAUUGUGGAUGCCGCACGUUUGGCCAAUAUUCACGAAUUUAUUAUCUCUUUGCCGAGGGGAUAUGAAACAGAUAUAGGAUCUAAAGGCAUUCAGUUGUCCGGGGGUCAGAAACAAAGAGUUGCUAUAGCUCGAGCGCUUAUACGCCAUCCGAAGAUACUGCUGUUAGAUGAAGCUACUAGCGCUCUGGACACAGCGAGCGAAAAAGUGGUGCAAGAGGCGCUGGACGCGGCGAAGGCGGGGCGCACGUGUGUGAUGAUCGCUCACCGGCUCAGCACCGUGCGUGACGCCGACCGCAUCUGCGUGCUGCACGCCGGCCGCGUCGCCGAGAGCGGCACGCACGACCGCCUGCUCGCGCUCAAGGGACUUUACUACGCCAUGAUGCACAAUUAAUAAUUAGGUCGUGUUUUUAAAUCACCUGGCCAAAUUUUAUUGGUUUAUAUUAUUACAUUUUUUUUUUAUUUUGCACUAUGUGUACAUUCAUUACUUAUUAAAAAAAUUAAAAAAAAAACAGGCGAGCCUCGAUCGAUUAUUUUAUUUCAACCAUGUACCGACAAUAUGCUUUGAAUAAACACGGUGCGGUGUACUUAUGGAGUUGGUGCAGCCAUGGCUACCGCGGUCAACUUGGAUAUGAUGCUUCCAGCCACCAAAUUGCCGUAAUAUGAUUGGGCGCCUGCAGCAAUGCUACCGGCCGCUAUGCCACUACUGCUAAAGCCCAACAAGGGCGCUAUGAAACCGGUCGCUAAACCUCCAGUGGCGUAUAUGACUACGCCACCUAUAACGUUCACAACUACCGCCGCAAGUAACCCCAUUUCU